CAUAAAUUAAUGAAAUUUGGUAGUGUAUUUAAUCCAAGAGGUGUCCUGGAAAUAAACUAUAAGAUAUCAUCUAUAGAUGCUAAUCAAAAUAUCUUAUACACAGGAGAUGAAAAAGGCAUAUUAUAUAGGUAAAGGGAUAAAAUUGAAUUAGAUACCAAUUGUAACCUGAUUAAGCCAUGAUUAUUUAAGCAAGCUAACCAUUAUCUAAAUAAUUAACUAAAUCAAGGAUUGAUUAAAUCAAAGUGUUUCCACAGGCAAAUGCUAAUCUUUUGGUUUUAUCAGAUUAGACUUUAUAUUUGGUUGAAGAAAAAACUCUAAAAGGUGAAUAAGUUUCAAAAGAAAAAGUAUCCCUAUUUGCUUUAAACGAAUUUUACAAAAUAAAUUAAUUUGAGAUAAUAAUAGUGACUAAAAAGAAAGAAGGCUUUAUUUUGAGUUAUACUUAGAAAACAGGAAAAUUUGAAUGUAUGAGAGAGAAAUUCUUGUUACCAGAUAUACCUGUUACAAUUGCUUUUAUAGGAAAUCUAUUUUAUUUUGGAUUGUAAAAGAAAAAUUAUUCUGUGAUUAAUCUUGAUGACAAACAAUUAUAAGUAGCUAAUUUAUUAAUAGAUAUUGGCAAUAAUCCAUAUCUUAAAGCAACUGAUAAUGAUGAAAUAUUGAUUGUUACAACAAAUAAUAUAGGUAUUUUUAUUGGUAAGGAUGGUUAGAUGAAAUAAAAAAGCACAAUCUAAUUAUAAAAUAAAUCCAUUUAGAUUAUAACAAUUUUUAAGUAAUACCUAAUAGUAUUAUUUGAUAAUUUAAUACAAGUUUUCAAUUUAUCAGAUUCUAAACUUAUGAGUGAUAUUUAAUUAUCAUCAUCAGCUAAAUGUAUUACUUAAACUUCAAAUCAUUUAUUCUAUGGAAGUUCUAGUGAAGUAAAAAAUAAUUAUCAAUAUGUUUUUAGAUCAUUUACUUAUAUCAAACACCUCCUGAAUAAUAAAUUUAAGAUUUACUUAAAUAGGGUAAAGUUGAAGAUGCACUUUAAGUAUUUUAAUAAUAUAAUUAAAAUUCUGAUGUAUCAAGAAAUUAAUAAUUAGAAUAAUUAAAAUUGGAUUGUGGUUGGGCACUUGUUAGAUAGAUGUAAUUUUAAAAUUCUUAGAAUUAUAUAUUGUAAACAAACUUUGAACCUAGAGAUUUUAUUUGUUUAUUUCCAGACUAUUAUUAUGCAGUUGAGAAGCUAGAAUCAGUUAAUUAAAAUCCAUCUCUAAAUACAAUUUCAUUAAUUGUUGCUAAAUUUGUUUAGGAUAAUUAUAAAGGUGAUCCAAAGAAAAGUUAAGAAUAUAAAUUAUAAGCAAGAGAUUUUUUGAUAGAAAUUUUAGAGAAGAAAAGAAGUGUUUUAACUUCAACUUAAUCUGCAUAUUCUAUGAAAGAUAAAUUAACAUUAUUGACCAGUACUUAGAAUUUUAAUUAAAAUUAAUGGCAUGCAAUACCAUGUGAAUAACUUUUGGAAUUAAUAGAUUUUGCAUUAAUAAAGGCUUAUUUAGAAUCAACAUAAUUAUAAAAAUUAAAAAGUUUCUUGUCUAGUAAUUAAAUAUAUUGUUUAUCAAUGUAUGCUGAAUUAUAAGCUAUAAUUUAAACUAAUAAAGCAAUAGAAUAACAACAAAGUAUUUUGGCUAGAUUUUAUGAAUCAUUUAAUAAAAUUGAUUUGUCUUUAGAAGUAUGGAGAACAAUUGGUGGAGAUUCAUUAAAUUAAUAGGUAUAAUAAGAAGCAUGUGAAGAAACAACUAGAAUACUUAAAUAGAAUCCUGAUAAAAAUAGAAUAUUUAAAUUUAUUUUAUGGGUUUUUAAAAAACAAAUUAAAACUGGAAUUCAAAUAUUUUAUGUUAGUGAAAGUGUAAUUACACCAGAUUAAAUGAUUAAAUUUUUGGAUGAAUAAGAAAUGGAGUAAGAUUUAAAGAAGAAAUUAAAAGAAAAAUAUUUAGAAGUUUUAGUAUUAGAAAAAUAAACAGAAGAAGAAAGAUUUCACACUCAAUUAGCUUAUUCAUAUAUUGAUUCUUUAUUUGCCAUAUAUCCAAAGGAUAUGUAGCCUACAUAAAUUGAUAUGAAGAAAAAUUAAAUUGCAACAGAAAUUUAUUAAGCAUUAAAAAAGUUCUUAAAAAAUCCAAAUGCAAAAUAUAAUUCAUCAAGCAUUUUAGAAAAAAAAGUAAAAGACUCAUGGAUGAUUCAUGAAAUUAUCUUAUUAUAUGGAAGAGAGAAAAGACAUGAAGAGGCAUUGAAUCUAUUACUUAAUCUUGGAUUGUAUGAUUAGGCUGAAAAAUAUUGUUGUGAAUAUACUGAUAAUUUAUUAACAAAGCUCUUUAAGAAAGUAUUAAUGUCUUAUAAAUUAAGUAUAAAGAUUUAUAUUCCUUUUUUGAAGGGAAAUAUAAAGAAAGACCCACAGAUCAAUAAACAUCUUUCACAUUUAAUUAAAUUAAAGUAUUAAAUUUUCAUUCCAAAUUUAGAUUACAAUCAAUAAUUUUCUGAAAAAAUAUGCAACUCAUUCUUAGUUAAAUGCUUUGGAAGUAUUAGAAAUUAUACCAGAGAAUUGGAUAUUAGCUGAUUAAGGUGAAGAUGAUGGAUUAUUUUAAUUUUUGAAUAGUGUAAUAAGUAAUUAUUUAUUAUAUUUGUAGGUCAUACAUUACAUUAAAAAAGAUCAACGAAAGCUGCAUUUCAUUUAUCUGAUAUGGAUUUACUGAAUGUUGAAUGUUUGAAUGCUAGCACCAAGCAAGCAAAUGUAAGAAUCACAUCAGAAAAGAAAUGUGCUGUUUGUAGUAGAUCUAUUGGUGAAAAAGUAUAUAUUUUUUUUAAACCUUUUAAUAGGUAUUUGUGGUUUAUCCAAAUGCUGUUAUUGCACAUCAUACAUGUAUAAGGAGUAAUACUAUAUGUCCAUUAUCUGAUAAAGAUUUUGAAAAGUAUUUUAAAUUGUGA